AUGGAUUUGGAGAACCAGACGCAGGUCACCCAUUUCAUUCUGGUGGGGUUUCCUGGGAGCUUGAGCACACGAACAGCAGUGUUCCUGAUGUUUCUUGUGGCCUAUAUUCUGACUGUGGCUGAAAACGUGAUCAUCAUCCUACUGGUGCAGCAGAACCGGCCACUGCACAAGCCUAUGUACUUCUUCCUGGCCAACUUGUCUUUUCUGGAGACCUGGUACAUCUCUGUGACUGUGCCCAAGCUUCUGUUCAGCUUCUGGUCCUUGAGUAACAGCAUCUCCUUCACCCACUGUAUGAUACAGCUUUACUUCUUCAUUGCACUCAUGUGUACGGAAUGUGUGCUCCUGGCUGCCAUGGCCUAUGACCGUUAUAUGGCCAUCUGCCACCCGUUGCACUACCCCACCAUCAUGAGCCAUGGGCUCUGUUUCCGCCUGGCUCUUGGUUCCUGGGUCAUUGGCUUUGGCAUCUCGUUGGCAAAGAUCUACUUCAUCUCUCGUUUGAGUUUCUGUGGUCCCAAUGUCAUCAACCACUUCUUCUGUGACAUCUCUCCAGUACUUAAUCUCUCCUGCACAGACAUGUCUGUUGCAGAAUUGGUGGACUUUGUCUUGGCUCUGAUCAUCUUCCUCUUCCCCUUGUCAAUCACUGCUUUGUCGUAUGGGUGCAUCCUGGCCACUGUGUUACGCAUGCCAACAGGAAAGCAAAAAGCCCUUUCGACAUGUGCUUCCCACUUUGUGGUGGUCACUAUCUUCUACUCAGCCACUAUUUUCAUGUAUGCCCGACCCCGAGCUAUUCACGCCUUCAACAUGAACAAAGUCAUUUCCAUCUUCUAUGCCAUUGUCACCCCAGCCCUUAAUCCUUUCAUUUACUGCCUAAGGAAUCGGGAGGUCAAAGAAGCUCUGAAGAAAUUGAUCAGUUGCCAGGCUAUUAGAUCUGACUAG